UUGUACUGUCCAGAACAGCAGAUUAAGUUACAAACGACUUGCAGAAGCAGCUAUAGUCCGUCCUUCUUCCUCCUUGAAUAAACAAUCAGUGCCAGCAGGAAAGAUGGGCGAAAAUUCAUGGGUAGUUGAAAUAAAUGACGACGUCAAUCGUCUAUCAGACAUCACAAGGGAUGAAGAGAAAGCAUGGCAGAGUCAUUCCAUCUACAAAUUGCCUGCCUGUGUCACUGAUCUUGUCAGUGAUAGGAAAGAGAGUGUUUACAAGCCUCGGGCAAUCUCUUUUGGUCCAUAUCAUUACGGCGAGUCAAAUUUGAGGCCAAUGGAAGCUCACAAGAAAAGAGCUCUCCUACAUUUUAUCAAAAGGUCAAGGAAACCUCUCGAGCACUACCGUCGCGAAUUAUCUGGAGUAGUGAAAGAAUUGAAGGAUGCAUAUGACUCCCUGGAAGACAAAUGGCAACAAGAUUCAGAAGCUUUCUUGAAGCUGAUGAUUCGCGAUGGCUGUUUUAUGCUAGAAGUUUUGCGGGCAUCAUCCACUGAUCUAACCAAGAAUGGCUAUGCCUCUAACGAUCCCAUCUUCAGCAAACAUGGCAUGACUUACAUGUUGCCAUAUAUAAAGCGGGACAUGUUGAUGCUCGAAAAUCAGUUGCCCAUGUUGCUGCUUAGAAAGCUACAUGGUGUUUACAAACAAGAUGCCGAGACAUCUGGGGUGUCUGUUGACUCAUCCGAGAAAUCCAUUGAGCUAUCUGAGGAGUCCGUUGAUAUGCUCAUCCUCAAAUUCUACUCUCAUAGUCAUAGCAGCGCGAAGCUGGACAAGUGCUUGCAUAUACUGGAUGCAUACCGAACGAUCUUGUUAUGGAAAGACCAUGAUACUCAAACUCAAGAAUCUACUCCACAUCGUAAAGUGGAAAACAACAAUGGUGACAUUCUCUCUGCAAGAGAGCUUGAAGAAUCAGGAAUCCGAAUCAAGAAGAGCCAAAGUACAAGCCUGACAGACAUCCAAUUCGAUUGCAAGUGGGGUAUCCUUUGCAAUCGGGGUAUCCUGAAGCUUCCACCAAUCUGUAUGGAUGAUGUAAGUGAAACAAUGUAUCUAAAUCUAAUAGCUUUUGAGCGAUUCCAUGCAGGGGCAGGAAGUCAGGUGACUAACUACAUCUACUUGAUGGACAAACUCGUCGACAACGCUAAAGAUGUUAACAUCCUACAAUCCCAUGAAAUUCUCCACAAUGCACUUGGAAGUGAUAAAGCUCUUGCUCAAUUGAUCAACUCACUUUCCAAAGAUGUUGUGCUUGAUCGAGAUAGCAGCUUAAAUAAGGUGCAUGUUGCUAUUAACAGCUACUGCAAAACAAAACCGCAUAAGUGGCGAGCCAGUUUCAUCCAAACUUAUUUCAGGAAUCCAUGGGCCUUGGUAUCUGUUAUAGCUGCCACUGUUCUUUUUGCUCUCACCAUUGUUCAGGCAUUAUACGGUGCCCUCCAAUACUACCAGGGCGAAAAAAAAGGCACAGCUCAAAAGAGGCAUUCAUAUCCCAAGUCAGAAGAAUUGCUUUUGCUAGUACAGGAUGUCAUUUGUGGUGUAGCAGGAACAAGAAGAUAUUCCAAAAAUUAUCUAUCCUCCCGAGUACAUAAUACAGAAUAAUCUGAAAGAUGUACAAGGCAUUGAAGCAGGAUGGAAGGGUGUAGAGAGGUAACAAGAACAAAUGCUCACCUUUGUAUAGAGUACAGAUGCUUGGCUUUUAUGUAUAGUUAGCCUUACUGGUUUUGCUAGGCCUACCUGAUAUUCUAGUCUUUUACGGUUUGCUUUGGUAUGCUCUUACAUUACUGUAAUCUUGCUUGAGUAUCAAUGAAAAUUAUAAAGCUUACAACCCCAAAAAAAA